AAAGGACCAACGAGAGUUCGACGGUUUGGUCCGUGUUUUCUCGCCAUCUCUUGUUCUCUUUCACGCAUCUCCGCCACCCUCAUUAAUCAUCGCAAUGCCCGCUUUCACCCGAAGGUCUCAAAUUGCUUUCGCCGGUCUUUCUGCCGAGCGUUUGAGCAAGUGGGGUCCCAGCCUUGUCUUCUGGGGUGUCGGUGCCGGCUCGUUCGUCAGCUUGCUCCUCUCCGAAGUUCCUAUCUUCCAGAAGGACGUUCUCCGAAAGGUCCCCGUUGUCGGUCAAUAUUGGGUUGACACCACCCCCGACAGCGACAAGCCUUUCUAAUUUACCUUCUGGCGAGAUGUAUUUGGAUAUAGACAUGUAAAAGGGGACAUUGGUGGCAUCGUGCGCGAGUGGAUGGGCGAUGGAAGUUCAUCCCGGGA